AUGGACACCAAAAUGAGUUACCAAGAUGAAUAUGUCGGCUCAUUUCCUAAAGAUUUCAGCUAUGGGCCAUUCGAACAAAAUGGUGAAAGUGAUAAUACGUCGUUACAGGAGGAUCACAAACCUAGAAUCCUUUUGAUGGGUUUAAGGAGGUCGGGAAAAUCUUCUAUUCAAAAAGUUGUAUUUCAUAAGAUGUCACCCAAUGAAACAUUGUUUCUGGAAUCAACUAACAAAAUCGUAAAAGACGAUAUAAACAAUAGUAGUUUUGUCCAAUUUCAAAUAUGGGAUUUUCCAGGUCAGAUAGAUUUUUUCGAUGCAAAAUUUGAUUCUGAUACAAUAUUUGGUGGAUGUGGUGCACUGGUUUUUGUUAUUGAUGCCCAGGAUGAUUAUCAAGAUGCCUUAGAUAAGUUGCAACAAACAGUUACCAAAGCAUACAGAGUGAAUAGUAGUAUAAAAUUUGAAGUAUUUAUUCAUAAGGUUGAUGGACUGAAUGACGAUUACAAAAUGGAGACACAAAGGGAUAUACAUCACAGAGCCACUGAGGAUUUAGCAGAAAAUGGACUGGAGCAUGUUCACUUAUCAUUUCACUUAACUUCAAUCUAUGAUCAUUCAAUAUUUGAAGCAUUUAGUAAAGUUGUACAAAAGUUAAUUCCACAAUUACCAACAUUGGAAAAUCUACUUAAUAUACUCAUAUCAAAUUCUGGUAUAGAAAAGGCAUUCUUGUUUGAUGUUGUAUCCAAAAUUUACAUUGCAACUGACAGUUCACCAGUGGAUAUGCAAAGCUAUGAACUUUGUUGUGACAUGAUUGAUGUUGUUAUUGACAUAUCUUGUAUUUAUGGUAUGGUGGAAGAAACAGAAACAAAUACAUUCAACAAUCAGAGUUCAAGCCUAAUAAAGCUUAAUAAUGGUACAGUUUUAUAUUUAAGAGAGGUCAACAAGUUUUUAGCUCUAGUUUGCAUACUUAGAGAAGAAAAUUUCCAAAAGCAAGGUGUGAUUGAUUACAACUUUUUGUGCUUCCGUGAUGCAAUAACUCAAGUAUUUGAACUACGCAAUAAAACACAAAAUAUUACAAUGUCUCAAAUUGAAAACAAUCUUCCAAACGGUGCAGGAGAUUCAGUAGAGAGUACAUCUGAUCAGUUACCAUAG